CCCUCCUCCAUUCGGUCGCCUCGCCUUGGAAUAUUCCAAGCUUGCGGGACUAGCCACUAGCCAGCCCAGCCAGGGGAAGGGGAGGAGCUGCAAGCCCAACCCCCUGCUCAACCCUAAAUUGCUUCCGCCGAUCGGUGAGAGCUCCGAUGCCUUCUUCUUCUUCUUCUUCCUCCCCCUCUACCUGUUCCUUCUCCGAGAUAACUGCAACAUUUUCAGCACUUUUUCUGGCCAUUCUCAAGUCCCCAGCCCAGGGACUAGAGUGUUACUAUGGCUAGAGCAAAUGAGAUGGUCAGGGCAGACUCAAGGAUGAUGGUUGUCUUUAGUGCCCUGGCAUCUAAAUCAGGGCCACUGACAUUUGAAGACUCGCUCAGAUUUGUCAAGAAAGUGAAGGCUUGUAACUACAUGUUGUAUUUGUCAUUGUUUGACAUUCUUGGAAGAAUGGAGCUAUCCCGGCUUGAGGCCUACCGAGAGUUACAGCUGCUGUUUCAAAAUUACCCGGAUUUGCACGAAGAGCUUGAAAAGUUUAGACCUCCAGUGCCUAUAAAACAUCCAGCAAACAACAUUUGGCCCUGGCUUUUUGCUUGUGCUGUUCCGCUGGUGGCAGUAAGCCUAAUUCCUGCUCUCGGAAAUCCAGUGCUGUGGUUUGUCCAACAAACACUAGGUGAAAAAAUGAAGGCGUAAUUCCAACUAUCCUGCAGCUUGGAUAUGUGCUCCACUUCAUGUCAUUUAUCCCAUCGAUGACUGUAAUUAUUAAUGUGCUCGCAUGUGUAUAUAUUUAGAGAGACAUCCCAGGAAAUUUCGGUUUUAUUGGGCAUCAAGUAGGGAGAAAGGAAAAUUAGUCACCACUUGCAGGAAGCAGCAACAUUAUGCUCCUGAAUUUGUUUGGAGUAUUAGUCCAAGAUGAUUUCAGGCUUUCAGCUGCCUGCUAUAACGAUACCGCAUUUCAGAGUACAAGAGUUGAACUGUUAAGUCUUUUAGAGACAAUCAACUAUCGGGGCAUUUAACUUUUUUGUCACUUUUUAAGACUUGUCAAUUAAGAAUUUAUCACUCAUAGUUUAUAACAUAUGGGCCCUCAUAUGUCUAUGUCUCUAUGACAUGUGGGUUCAGUGGUAAAUCCUUAAGAGUGGCAAAUAGUUAAAUAUCUCUCAAGUUUCAGUAGUU